UUGGGCUCCGCCUCUGCCUUCUCUCUCUCUACCUCUGCUGCUCCUUCGACCUCUCUCUCUCUCUCUUUCCCUCUUUCUCUGAAUCUCUCAGCUUCCCUUGGCCAUUGACAGAGCUCUGUUUUUCGAUUCCGUUCCAGUGGGCGGAGUUAGGGUGUCGUGGAAAGAGUUUUGAAGUAGGAGAUGGCCGGACUGCAAAUGAGGAGUCUGGAGUGGGAAGGUCCAUGGAGGGAAUUUCAAGCGGGCAGCCGCAGCGUUGUCAAUCUGGGGAAGCAUUGGCAGAAUGGCGGUCUUCCGAGCAGGUAGAAAAUGGAACCCCAUCGACUUCACCUCCAUACUGGGACACUGAUGACGAUGAUGAUGGAGGGCCAAAACCUUCUGAGUUAUAUGGAAAAUAUACGUGGAGGAUAGAGAAAUUUUCACAGAUUAACAAAAGAGAACUCCGUAGUAAUCAAUUUGAGGUUGGCGGCUACAAAUGGUACAUUUUAAUUUAUCCCCAAGGCUGUGAUGUCUGCAAUCAUCUUUCUUUGUUUCUUUGUGUUGCCAAUCAUGACAAACUUCUUCCAGGCUGGAGCCAUUUUGCACAGUUUACCAUAGCUGUGGUGAAUAAAGAUCCAAAGAAAUCAAAAUAUUCUGACACUUUACAUCGAUUCUGGAAGAAAGAGCAUGACUGGGGGUGGAAAAAAUUCAUGGAGCUGUCAAAAGUGUCUGAUGGGUUUAUUGAUGCUGACACUCUUAUAAUAAAGGCUCAAGUCCAAGUCAUAAGGGAGAAAGCAGACAGGCCCUUUCGUUGUCUUGAUUGUCAGUAUAGGAGAGAACUUGUUAGGGUAUAUUUGACAAAUGUGGAGCAGAUUUGCCGGCGAUUUGUAGAAGAGAGAAGAAGCAAGCUUGGAAAGUUAAUAGAUGAUAAAGCUAGGUGGUCAAGUUUCCGUGCUUUCUGGUUGGGAAUCGACCAAAAUGCUAGGCGCCGUAUGUCCAGGGAGAGGACAGACUUGAUUUUAAAAGUAGUUGUGAAGCAUUUCUUUAUAGAAAAGGAAGUCACGUCUACUUUGGUGAUGGAUUCCUUGUAUAGUGGAUUAAAGGCUCUUGAAGGCCAGACUCUGAGUAAAAAAGGGAGGUUGGAGGCUGAAGAAAUUCCUGCCCCCAUUGUUUGUGUGGAAAAAGAUACAUUUGUAUUGGCUGAUGAUGUCUUAGCAUUACUUGAGAGGGCUGCCAUGGAUCUUUUGCCACCAAAAGAUGACAAGGGUCCUCAGAAUCGUACAAAGGAUGGAAACUCUGGAGAGGACUUCAAUAAAGAUUCUAUUGAACGUGAUGAGAGGCGUCUUACGGAAUUGGGUUGCAGAACUGUGGAGAUAUUUGUCCUUGCCCAUAUUUUCAGCAAUAAAAUUGAGGUUGCCUACCAGGAAGCUGUCUCUUUGAAGAGGCAAGAGGAGCUCAUCCGUGAAGAAGAAGCAGCAUGGCUUGCUGAAAGUGAACAGAAGGCAAAACGUGGAGCAACUGAAAAGGAAAAGAAAUCAAAGAAAAGCAAGGCAAAACAAAAACGAAAUAACCGAAGAGGGAAGGAAAAAGGCAGGGAGGAAAGGCCUAGCAUGGUGGUACAAGACAAUCAUCAACAGGAAAACCUCAAUGAUGAAAAACAAGACAGCGUCGUGGAGGAGGUGUCACACAUGGUUGAUAAGCUUGAUAUGCUAGAAGAUGUUUCCGAUGUGUCUGAUUCAGUAGAUGGUGUUCCUGAAGUUCUUCAGCCUGACUCAGAAGACCGGGAUGCUGAUCCUGUCAAUUGGGAUACUGACACAUUUGAAGUUCAUCCCUCAAUGGAAGCCACUAGUAGUGGAAUUAGUUCUCUAUCAAUUCAACAAAAUGGUGUUUCUGAAAGAAAGAGCCCUUCAGUAAUGGAUGAUAGUUCUUCAACGUGUUCUACAGACUCUGUACCAUCAGUGGUAACAAAUGGGCCCUAUAGGAACUCUUUCCCAAACUAUAUAAACCAAAAAUCACCUGGCAGGGGAAGGAACCGGCGAAGUAAAGCUGCCUGUGAUGGAACUGGUUGGGCAAAUGAGAUAGAUAAUCAGCCUUCCGCUCCUUCAGAUGAUGCAGGGGAUCAAAAUGAUUUAUCUGGUAGUUGUAAAGCUGGUGAAUCCGACUCUCAGGCUGUUCUCUUCGAGCAGCGUAUGGUUAAGAAGGAAGAAGCUGUUUCGCUGCAGAAGAAGCUAAGCACCAAAGAGCAGACUGAUGUGGAAAGAACCUCUAAAGAUAGGACAUCAGCAAUACCAUCCUCUCCGAGAAGCCCACCCAGGAAUUCAGCCUCAACCAUUCGAUCAAAGAAUAGUAUUGUUGUUGAUUCUGUUCUGGUUGGGAAAGCUUCUUCAAAUGACACUCAACAUGCACCGCUGAUUCCAGCCUCCCAAAUUAGUGUUAUGUCCAAACCUGAGAUCCAGAAAGCUGCAAGCGUCAAACCAACUGAAAAGGCCGUGGCACAGCAAGUACCUGUGAUGUCAAGGCCCUCUAGUGCUCCUCUAAUUCCUGGUCCCAGGCCAACUGCUCCUGCUGUUUCCAGGAUUCAAACAGCCCCACCACUUGCCCGUUCAAUGAGUGCAACUGGCCGGUUAGGUCCUGAGCCCUUACCAGCAACACAUGGUUAUGUUUCCCAGUCCUAUAGAAAUGCCAUCGUGGGUAACGCUGUUGCUUCAGGUUCAUGUGGUUUUGCUCAUCCCAAAUCUCAAAGCUCAGGGGUGAAUCAAUCCUCUGCUUUCUCACAAUCAGCUACCUUGGUAUCUGCACCAAUGUUUUUACCCCAGAGCCCUGAGAGGGUUGAUCCAACCAUGGUCAAAUCAGGUUUUCCCUAUGGCAUAGUAAUGCGGGAUGUUUUACAGACUGGAGCUCACUGGAUGGAGUCUUCCCAAAGGGAAGCCAGCAGAAACAUGCACUAUGAUCAUACUUCCCUGCUUAAUGACGUUCAAAACUUGAGUUUGUACAAGCCUGCUUACAACGGAUCACAGGGACAAUUAUCCAAUCAGUUCCCAGCCUGUACAUCUGGCCAGCAGAGCCAAGGUGUGUUGGCUGAUGAGUUCCCGCAUCUAGAUAUCAUUAAUGAUUUGCUCGAUGAUGAACGUAGUAUUGGGAAAGCAGGGAGCACAGUUUAUGAGUCUCUCAGCAAUGGGCCACAGGUAUUGAAUAGGCAGUUCUCAUUUCCUGGUGACACAAGUAUAUCCAGUGAUGUGGGCUCCGCAUAUAGCUCUUGCAGGUUUGAGCGAUCGCGGAGUUACCAUGAUGUUGGGUUUCCACGGCACCUUCACUCUUCUGGCAGCCAUUAUGAAUCGAUGUGGGAUUUCAUUCCGCAAGGCAAUGCAUCACCUUAUGUAAAUGGGCAGGUAGAUGGGUUGGUUCUAAAUCAGUGGCAGGCAGCCGGUUCUGAUUUAUCUCUACUCGGGACGAGGAAUACAGAGGGAGAUGGUUACCCUUACUAUAAUCCAGAUUAUUCAAAUGCGGCAUGUGGCGUCAAUGGGUAUAGAGUUUUCCGGCCUUCAAAUGGGCAUUGAAAGGAAACCUGACGGGGCCUCUGCCUGCAGAUUAGUGGGGUGUUGUCCACUGUAAUAAUUAAUUUGAGGAAAUUGCUGGGUUUUAGAUUUGGAGUGAGGUUAUGAUCCUUUGAUAAGAAAACGUUUUGUAAAGAUUGUCUCUGCCUUUUGCUUCCAGCUCUGAGGUAGUUAAAAAAAAAAAAAAAAAUGAGGCUUUUCAUA